AUGGUGGUGUUGAAGGUGGAGCUGGUGGUUGUGGUAGUGGUGGUGGUAGGGAUGACGGUUGUGGAGGUGGAGGUGGAGGUGGUUGUGGUGGUGGCAAUGGAGGAUGAGAAGGAGGAGGAGAAGGAUGUGGUUGUGGGGGUGGUGUUUGCGGUGGUUGUAGAGGUGGUGAAUGUGGAGUUGGAUGUGGAAGUGGAGGUGGUGUCAUUUUUUAAAAUGAAUGAUGCAUCUUUGAAAAGCAACCCAAAGCCUGCUUUUAAAAUGAAUGAUGGUGCUAAUCAUGUGCUACUUGCAUUUAUAAAUGGAAGGGAAGAUCUUGUUAUGGUCCCUCUGGAUACUCAGUGUUUCUGGGUUAGGGUUCGCCGGAUUACCCAACUUUUUUUUACGCCAGCAAUGGGAGAAACAAUAGGGAAUUUCCUAGGUUUGGAUUGUGGGAAGAUAAUUCACGUCAGGUGUUACGUGACCAAGGCGUGCAACUGUUUGGAGUUGUCAAGGCUGUGUAAUGGCCAAGAUGAUGGGGGAGACUAUGAUGGAAAUGGAUGCGGACAUAGAGGAUAUAGUUCAGCGCUAUACACUAAAAUAAAGAAGGAUUGA